AUGUCAGACUCCAAGAACCAAAAGGAUGACAUCCUCCAUGUUGAAACCAGCCCUCAUGCCCGCAAACCCGGCGAAUCUUCUCAUUCUGCAAAACAUGCCGACCGCGCUGCCGACCUAGUGACCAGUGGCGAACGGCCUAUCGUCACUGAAGCAGACUCCAAGCGUAUUCGUCGCAAGACAGAUAAAUCCAUUCUCGUCAUCCUUAUUUGGGUGUAUUUUUUGCAGAUUCUAGACAAAUCCGUUCUCGGAUAUGGCGCCACCUUCGGCUUGCAGAAAGACACUGGACUCACGGGAAAUCAGUAUUCAUUAAUCGGCUCAAUUGCGCCGAUUGCACAAUUGGCCUGGCAACCAUUCUCGUCGUAUCUGAUUGUGCGUGUGCCACACCGGAUUCUGAUGCCGGUGCUUUGUUUGGGAUGGGGCAUUGCGCAGGCGUCGAUGGCGGCGUGCCAUAAUUUCAGCUCGUUAAUGGCAGCGCGUUUUUUCCUCGGGUUGUUUGAGGCCGGUUGCCUGCCGCUUUUUAGUGUUAUUACUUCGCAGUGGUAUCGAAGAGCUGAGCAGCCUGUUAGAGUCGCCGCGUGGUAUGGGACGAAUGGUUUGGCGACCAUUGUCGCUGCUGGAUUGAGUGAUGGGCUUGCGCAUAUCAAGUCAGAUGUUCUCAAACCUUGGCAAAUUAUUUUCCUCUUUGUCGGAUUACUCACCAUUGUAUCCGUCCCAUUUAUCUACUGGAAACUUGACAACGACAUCCCAUCUGCCCGGUUUUUGACCGAAGAAGAAAAGCCUAUGGCAGUCGAACGUCUGCGUGCGAAUCAAACCGGUACUGGAUCGCGAGAAUUCAAAGUUAAGCACGUUCUCGAAGCUUUCAUCGAGCCCAAGACCUGGUUGUGGAUCGGCAUGAGCAUGCUGCUCAACGUCGGCGCCAGUGUCUCCAAUACCUUUGGUCCAUUGAUUCUGUCUGGACUGGGGUUUGACGCGUACACCACUAGCUUAUUGAACAUGCCCUUUGGCGUAAUGCAGCUUUUGGUCAUUCUGCUAGCCUCGUUUCUCGCUCAAAAGGCACGUCUCAAAGGCGCUGUUCUUGCUCUGCUCAUGCUCCCGGUUGUUGCCGGCUUAGCUGUCCUCUAUGCCGUUCCUCGUACGGGUAAUCAAGGACCUUUGCUUGUGGGAUACUACCUGUUAGCAUUCCUCUUCGGAGGUAACCCGCUGAUUGUGACCUGGAUCGUGGGUAACACCGCCGGUACCACGAAGAAAUCAUUCGUCGUGAGCGCAUACAACGCAGCCAGCAGUGCUGGAAAUAUUGUCGGGCCUCUUUUAUUCAAUAAGAAAGACUCCCCGGCUUAUCAUCCCGGUCUUCGGGCCUGCCUCGGGAUUUUCAUCGCUCUGGUAGCGGUCAUUCUUCUGCAGUGGGCCAACCUAGUAUUCCUAAACAAGCUCCAAGAAAAGAAGCGUGUCAGGAAUGGGAAGCCAGCGAAGAUGAUUGAUCACUCUAUGCAAGACCAAUACCAUGAUUUUGAAGAGAAUAAUAGCGAUGCUAUCAUCGAAAUGGGCGCUGCGGAGCAUGAUACAGCCACGGCAAAGCCGCAGGAGAGAAUUGGCGAGCAAGCGUUCUUGGAUAUGACGGAUAGGGAUAAUGACGAAUUUGUGUAUAUUUAUUAA